AGCAUGGAGCGCGCAACAACUCUACUCCUUCUAACGCUGUUAUUGACAGCAGCUUGUGCAGAAGAUAAGAAGAAGGGAGAAACAGCUGCAGUGGACGCAGAAAGAAAAACUGACAAACGAGGAGCUACGAGUUACACCCAAGUGAGCGUUGGCAACAACUACGAAGGCAAAAGCUACGACGGCGUCGGUUCCGCCACUUACCAUGUUACCAAAGGAGUUCCUCACUACGAGAAAGGAUUCAUCCCCAGUCCGACCUACGGCUACGACAAGGGAUACGGAGUGAAGAGCAUAGCAGGAUACGGAACGAAUAAAGGAUACUUCCCAGGAUUCGGCACCAACAAAGGAUACUAUAACCACGGACACGCAGCGUUAAUCCCAGUAGCUCUCAUCCCCGUGUACAACCACGGGUACAACCAUGGAUACGCCCACGGCUAUGGAGGAUAUGGAUACAACAAAGGAGAACCGGUUAAAUCAAUAUACACCAAAGAAGUACCUGUACCUGUUCCACACCUUCUACCAAUAACCAUAGAAAAAAAGAUUCCCUACCCUGUUAAAGUCCCGGUAGCAGUUCCUUAUGAAAGACCGUACCCGGUACACGUCUACAAACACAUCCCUGUCCCUGUUGAGAAACCUGUUCCUUACCCGGUUGAAAGACCUGUUCCUUACCCUGUGAAGAUUCCUGUGAAGGUUCCAGUGGCGCAACCGCUCCCGUACCCUGUUCCAACCCCUGUACCUGUUCCAGUUUAUGUGAAGCCUAACUACAACAAGGGGUAUUAUGACAAGGGGUAUGACGAGUAUGGAAGCGCUAGUUCCAGCAGUGAGGUGUAUGAUGGGAAAAGCGGUUAUAACAGCGACUCCAAGAAUUGACAAAGCAGCACGUGGAAAAACAGAAGCCAAAGCCAGAUCUACUCGUAAAAACGUUCUGCUACAUUAGCAGAGACCAUAACGUAGAAUUUCAGAAUAGUUCCUC